AUGGAAAGAAGAGCUUUAGCUUUCAAGGCGAUGAUCAAGAAGCAUCGUCCUAAGAAGGACAAUCUGGAUCCUCGAACGUGGACGAGACAGGAGACUGUCAGGGGUUUUGCUGACUUCGCAGGCAACAAGCACUCGGACAAAGACACCGACAACAGCUUUGACAACAAGGAGAUGUUGCUUGACACAGAGAAGCAGUUUAUGGAUGCAGCAAAGAGGAACGAUGUGGAGACCAUGAAGAAUCUUGGAAAAGGGCUGAAUGCCAAUGCAAGAAAUGUGCAUAACAGGACGGCCCUCCACUACGCUGUAGCUGGAAAAAACAAGGAGGCCGUUCAGCUCCUUCUGCAGCGCAGGGUCAAGGUGGAUCUGAAGGACAAGUAUGGCGUGGCACCCAUUCACCUGGCUGCCUGGUUUGGUAGUCUGGAGAUCCUGAAAUUAUUAGUGCAGGCUGGGGCUGAGCAGAAGGUUGAGAACGAGGAUGGACUGAACAUUCUGCACUGUGCUGCCAUCAACAACCACACUGAAAUCGUAGAGUACAUUGUUAAUGACCUGCAGAUGAAAGACCUAGACAAAGAUGACACGUCAGGGCACCGAGCGUUUGCACUGGCGGCCGAGCACGGGUGUGUUGAAAUGUUAGAGAUGCUGAUGGAGCCGUACAACAUGGCCACCAUGAAGCCCAACAAGAGAGGCGACACGCCCCUGCACUUAGCUGCCAGGAACGGCCACUUGGAUGCCGUCCAGCUGCUGCUGCAGAGCUUUGAUACUCGGGAUGAAGUCAAUAUGGACGGUGAGACAGCUUUGUACCAAGCAGCAGACAAUGAUCAGGAAGAAUGUGCUCUGGCUUUGCUCGAGGCUGGCUGUGACCCCAACAUCCUCACAGCGGACAAAUGCAGCCCUCUGCAUCCGGUGUCACAAAAAGGAGACACCAGUCUCGUCCAGCUCCUCUUGGAGUACAAAGCCCACACAGACUUUCAAAAUCAGCACCUAGAGGCGCCUCUCCACCUGGCAGUGAAGAACAGUCACAUCCCCGUCAUCCAUUCUCUCCUGCAGGCAGGCUGCAACAUUAAUGUCACCGAUAAGAGGUCCCAGACUGCUAUGCAUGUUGCUGCAGAGAUUGCCAGAAUUGAAGUUGUGGAAAUGCUUCUUAAAGCUGGGAUGGAUCUAACACUCCGGGACAAACAGGGUAAGACGGCUCUGGGUGUCGCAGCCAGAGCAAAUGAGGUAAUUAUUGUGGAUAUGAUCAUCAAAGCAGAGAGAUACUACGCCUGGAGAAAGGCCAACCCUGAGCUUGAUGAGAGCGUUCACAGCGAGUAUCCGCUAACGUUUAAACUUGACCACCGCUCUGAGAGCAAGCAGCUCCGUUCGAUGGCCUGGCGCCUGGCGUGCGAGCUUCUGAAAGCAGGAGACUGGAAGACAUUGGCACAACACUGGGGCUUCACUAAGGAGCAAGUGUGUGCCAUUGAGGAGCAGUGGACAGGUCAGCACAGCUAUCAAGAGCAUGGGAACAGGAUGCUGCUGAUCUGGCUCCAUGGGGAGGAGCUGGCUCAGAGGAGUCCUGCUAAAGAACUCUACCAGGGCCUGAUCCUCACAGGGAACAGGAAAGCUGCAGAUAAAAUUCGGAUGGAGGCAGAGAGUGUCAGCAGUAGGAGCUGUAGCAUUUCAUGAGGAUGAGCACUGCAACACAUAGACUCACAAAA